AUGAAAUGUCCAGGAGACGUCUCGGCUUCCCGCGUUUGCUGGAUGGGCGACUUUACCUGGGCGUUUUGGGUGCAUAAGAUCUUGGCGGCCAUGAUGGGGUGGAAGAGGCGCCUACAAGUGAUCGCGCGGUGCCGCGGCGAAGGCUCGAGGAUUCUGUUGCUUUUCGAUGAAAAGGCCCCGACGCCCCGCCGGUGCCGACCUUCUUUCGUUCUGGAGACCGAGAUCGUGAAGCGCGUUCCACAGAGAGUAUGUCUGAUGGCAGCAAUCAGACCUCCCGCGGCAGCGGAGCCACUCAGCGCGAGUGGAGAGACGAGUCUUGGUGGGGAUGGGGAGACCAAUGGCGCACCGUGUCCUGGGGAUAUGGAAAUGGUGGGCAUGAAUGGUCUCGAGGUGAACUUCGCAGUCAAGACAGGCGCAGGAGCUGGGAAGCUGAAAGCACGGGCACCCCGGCUACCAGUGGAGAACAGACAGAAGCAGGGCAACAUAGAGAAGACCCUUGGGCCGGUGGCCGAGACCCAUGGAGUGCAGACCGCCGAGACGAUUACGGACCGCACCCCGGGCGCGACCAGGGAGUAUUUCCAGGCGGACCCAAGGCAGAUGGUCGAGCUGACAGGGCACGGCAGCACGAUUCUCGCGAUGUUCAGGGUCGUCCCGAGGCGGAUGGUCGAGCUGAACAUGUCCCAGGUACCGAUCCACGAUACCAACCACGGCAUCCGGAGGCAGAUGGUCGAGAUGCACCAGGCCGGCGGCAUGAUGCAGGACUUGCUCCAGGAGAGGGAAGGCUUCACGUCGAUCCAUUUGACAGAGCGCAAGCCACUUUCUCAACGGAACGAGGGCGUUGGCAACCUCCAGGUGAACUUCGCGGAGAAGGAGAUGGUUGGAAUGGCUGGAAGCACUUCGGCAACGGUGGAGGAUUCGGAGGACCUGGGAACAUCGGCGAGAUCAUACCUCAGACAAGUGGAGGCGUGGCGUCGCAUGACGCAACAACCAGUCUCCCAACAGGGACUGGUUCUUUACCAACACCUGUCAGGACGCGCCUGGAUUGCGGCGGAGGAACUGAGUGUGGCGAGGCUUGGGACCUCCGAUGGCGUCGCCUACUUCAUCGCAUGGAUCACCACGAGAUUUCUGGACUUGGAGAUCACCCGCAUCGGAAGGGCCUUCAGCGACUUCUUCAGGCGUUUGAGGAGGAGGCCGGGGCAAUCGGUGCGGGAGUACAACACGGAGUACGACAGGUUGCACGCCAGGCUUCGGGAGGUGGGAUGCAACUUGCCAGAGGACUGCGCCGCUUGGUUGUACAUCGACAGGUUGCAGUUAGAGGAGGCCCAGGAGCUCAACCUCCUCGCGAGCGUCGGCAACCAGUACAACUUGGCGAAGCUCCAGCAGGCGGCGGUCUUACACGACCGAAGCCACCGCAAACCUUGGGAGGCACACAGCAGGAAGCGCACCAACACGGCCCACAUGACCGACUUCGACUCUGGCGAGUACAUGAUGGACGACGAGAUCAACGACGACGCGGACAAGGAAAUGCCCGAAGAGGUUGCGCAGGCAUGGGUUACCUAUCAGUCGGCAAAGGACAAGUACAAGGCGCAACAAAGGGCACGCGGCUUCGCUGGAGACAAAGACAAGUCCGAGAAGGGCAACGAAGAUCGGGAGGCCAAGAUCCGGGCAGUCAAACAACGGAGCUUUUGCGCCGGCUGUGGUCGUCGAGGCCACUGGCACAAAGACAGCGAGUGUCCAUUGAACCGCGGGGGUGGACAAGCCAAAGGCGAAGGAAACACCGGGAAGGGCGACUACAAGGACGUGGCGAUGACGACGGUGCUCCCGGCCGAGAUCUACGCCUUGCGGCACGAGGACCAGCUCUAUGGCGUCGCGGACACGGCGUGCGCUCGGACUGUGGCAGGAACCCAAUGGCUGCAGUGCUAUGCUGACAAAAUGCAGGAGAUGUGCGGAAGAAAACCUCAACUGCACAAGGAGUGUGAGGCCUACCGCUUUGGCACCGGGAAGAUCCACUACUCGUCUUUCUUCGUGGUCGUUGAGUUCGAGCUUGGGAAUAAGGUCGUGCAGCUGAGGACGUCGAUCAUUGCCGGGGACAUCCCACUUUUACUCUCGAGGACAGUGCUUGGCAAGCUCGGGAUGAUCUUCGACGUCGGGGCGGGCACGGCUACGUUCAACGCACUCGGGCUCACCAACUUCUCCAUGCUGACGACGCCGUCAGGGCAUCCUGCCAUUCCCAUUGUACCUGCGUCAGUGGAGGGUGGAACGCCCGCCCUGGCCGUUGAAGACAUUCGACUGCAAUCCAAAGGAGCAUACAUGGAGGUUUGCGCAGUAGCUUGUCCGAGGAGUUUCGAGGCACCACAGUUGUCCGGUGUGUAUUUUCCCAAGAAGCUUGAUCCUGGGGUCAACGACAUGCUUGGCCAAGAUCGUCUUCAUCAGGCCACCGUAGACCACUGGGAUCACACUCAACAUCUUCAACCGACCUUCCCGCUGCUUUGGGUCGGAAGGCGGACGCCUCUAAGCCGUAUGACAAGGACCGAGCUGCUGGAGGAGACGAUGCGUUGCGGGCUCACUGUACACCGGAACUGGGCCUCGGAGGAGCUUCGGGCGAUCAUCAGGGAGUACAGGGAGACACAUGCCGCAGCGGACCCAUCCGAACAGAUGAAGAAGAUCACCAAGAUGACGCUCGACGAGUUGAAAAUGAAGGCGGACGAGCUCCAGGUCCCAGUACCUCCCAAGGCGACGAAGGGCCUCAUCAUGCGCCUGAUCAGGGACAACCUCAACACUCCGGCGAACGAGCUCAUCAGUUUCGGGAGGUGGAGGGGGUACGAAUACCGCGAAGUCCCGGACGACUACGGUCGUUGGGCAGCCUCCGAGGUGAAGCAGUCGCCCAAUGCACACCCGGACCUGGUCCGUUACGCUCGCUGGUGGGAGGGGCAGCAGGAGGCAGCCGAGGUCGGGGACAUGAUGGCAGCGAUCGACCGGAAGUCAAUCACAUCGAGCCCGCCAUACCCAAGCAGUCACCGCACAUGGCCCAAGAUGGAGACGACGCCAGCCCUGUCCACGUCAUCGAGGAGCAAUGCUUCCUGGGAAAGUGUCCAAGCGCCAGCGACGCCUCCCAGGACACGAGCCAAGAUGCAGCCAUCGUCGUCGACAUCGGGAAGAAACGAGACGAGGACCUCCCCUUCCACCACUACCAAGCGCAAGGAGACCAACAUCGACAAGGAGACGCAGGGCAUGGAUGCCGAGACGGAUCCCCGAGUCCUGGAGGAGAUCACGGAGUUGGAGACGAAGCUCGCCCUCCUCAAAGAAGGCGAGUACAUCACGGAAGAGGAGUACGUGCGUGCCUACCGGAACCAACAGGAGUGCUACAUCACCGACGGGCCACAGGACGCACGUCAGAAAGAAGUUAAAGGGGAGGAGGAGAGCGACGAAAGCGAGGAAACCAUUGAGCCCGACUCCAUCCGCGAAGCAUUCAUGGCGGCCAUCGACUGGAAGGACUUCUCCUUUUCCACGUGUCUUGGGCUGUUGGACGGCGCAGGACUCCCCGAGGAAGCCUUCCGACCUCGCGCUAUGCUUCAAAAUGACGGUGAACUUUGUGGGCAAGCCUACGCCACCUUCGGCAUGUUCACCCACGGCGGGAUCCACGGGGUCACGGCGGCCACCCGCAAGUAUGCUGACUUGGUGAGGUAUCUCAACGACUUCGGCGCUCAUCACCUUGGACGCGAAGCCACUUGGACCGCCAUAUCAGUCUCCCGAAAUGUCGCGGCCGGUGUCCACAGAGACAGCAACAAUGAAAGGGGGUCGCGGAACUAUUGCAUUUCCCUGGGGCAGCAAGCCGGGGGCGGAAUAUGGGUGGAAGAAGAUCGUCUCAGUGAACAACAGGUCGCCAAUUCCCACGUCGUCUGGAAGAAGGACAAGGUCGGAGCGUGGGUCCCUGGGAAGGUGAGGAAGUCGAAAGAGGAGUUCGUGAUCUUUGACCCGUUCCUUCGCCACGCCACUGAGAGCUGGGAUGGAGACAGAUGGGGCCUAUUCUUCCACACACCAAGGGGAGGAGAGAAGGUCGCUCCGGAAUUGAAGAAGCUUCUCCGCAAUUGCAGGUUCCCGAUUCCCAAGAAAGGGGCAGGGGGCACCCGGAUGAGGACUAUGCCAACCAAGACGGAGCGCAACAAGAUGUUCAACGCAGCCGGGAAGGUGAGCGUGCUGAUGACUAUGUUGAUGACGGCUUCAAUGUCUUUGGCCGCAGAGGCCGUUGGGAGCCCCGUUGAACACGAUCCUAUCGUUAUGAUGGAGAUCGGUGGGGUCGAGGGGACGAUCGAGGCAACGGAUCUCGGGAAGGCGGUCAUCGAACCUAUGAUGUGGGAGGACAUGCUCAACCCCGACCAACAGGAGACGGCAUCACACUUCGUCGCCGGUGUUUCGCCUCGCGAACUUCGAAUACACGUCGACGGCAUGCCAGAGAGGUUGGUGGAGAAUGUCGGCGAGCUCAUCCGGGCCCAGAUAGAUGGAGGAGGAGACGUCGUGCUUCGCGGAGGAUGUCCUCGUGAGUGGACUGAGAAGUUCAAGAUGUAUGAGCGCUACCGGGAUGAUGAGAACGGCGACCUUUGGAUCGUCCUCAGCAAGCCAAAGGAAAAGGGGAAAGUGAUGUAUGGUGGGGGACGUCCACAUGAAGUGUGUGCCGUCGAAGCCGGAGAACGAGGACCAGAGGCACCACGAAUGGAUGGGAGCGGAAUCACUUUUGAUGAGGGCGUGCCUGGACACGUUCAAGCUUCGCUACGCCGCAUGCAUCAAAACCUUGGACAUCCCCGAGUACAAGACAUGGUGAGACAUUUGCGACUUGCCGGGUGCGAAGGUCACAUCUUGAAAGCCGCCAAGGGCAUGAAAUGCAGUACUUGUGACGCCACCAGAUCGCCACAGGUCGCACGUGGCACCACUCUUCCCCGACUACUAGAUUUCAACUCUUGUGUUGGAGUGGACAUCUUCUACGUGCAUGACACGGACGACGUCAAGCAUGCCAUGCUGUCCAUGGUAGAUUGGGCCACAACGUACCAUGUGGUGGCAAGGCUUGGGAGAGAAACCGGCGAGGACGUGGAGAAGGCAUUCAACACGCAUUGGUUGAGCACCUUCGGACCACCUUCGACGGUCUCGCUGGACCUGGACGGAAAAGUGCAGGCAGGACUUGGACGGCUAUGUGACUGGCACUCCAUCAAGAUCAAGGACGUGGCGGCGCAAGGGCAUUGGCAAGCCGGGGUUACAGAGAGACAAGGGGGGUGGUUCAAAGGAAUAUGGGACCGGGUCGUCCAUGAGAUGAGCAUCAGUGGAGAGGAGGUGGAGUUAGCCGUGAAUUUGGUCACGGCAGCAAAAAACGAUCUCCGCAGACGAUGUGGGCACAGCCCAACCCAGUGGGUGUUCGGAAGAUCACCUCGUUUGCCGGCCGGCCUCAACGACAUUGACGGGGGAGAGGACAUCACUUGGGACCUGACGCAGGACUCGAAGCAUCAGAGGGUGACUGCAAUUCGCGCAAGCGCGCGCAUCGCAUAUCAUCGUGCCCAAGGAGACGAUCGCUUGAGGAAAUCAUUGAUGCAAAGGGCCAGGACUACGAGGGCGGUGUACGACAUCAGCGACCCCGUGCAUUACUGGCAUCAACCAAAAGAUCGCAGGAGGGCACGUUGGGUUGGGCCCGCCGUUGUGGUUGGCAAACAAGGACAGAGCUACUGGGUGUCGAGGAACGGACGGUGCCGCUUGACAGCACCAGAACAUUUGAGGACGUCCGGGCCGGAGGAGCUCGGGGAGUACCUUGCCAUGAAAGGGGUGAGGCACGAAGUUGAGAAGCUGUUGGGGGAAGACAUCGACGACCCCGACGUGUACGACGACUACGACAUGAUGAGCCACCAUGGGGAUGAAGGGUUGGAAGAGAACGUGUCGGACUACGUGCCCUCGUUGCCUGGUGAGGGCGACCCAAUCGAGUUUGGAUCACAUGGAGAAGAUCAAGCCAUGGAAGAAGAAGAAGAUGCUCCGGAGGUGAGACCUAUGCGAAGACUGAAGAGGAAGACGAAUCCUAGUCUCCUUGAAGGGCCCCACGAAGCCAUGAUCACUCGCAAAGAACUCACCCGCAGAGGACAUGCCAAACGUCAAGAGAAAGAGUUGAGGUGGGCCGAGAUACCUGAGUUCGCUCGGGAAAAGUUCAAAGCAGCCGAGAAGGUUCAGUGGGACGAGCAUCUGUCUUUUGAUGCGCUGGAACCCUUGGACACGAAGGCCACGCAGCAGGUGCUCGACUCCGUAGACCACAGCCGCAUUUUGCGGUGCAGAUGGGCCUACAAGGACAAGAACUGGGCCGCGCGUCAGUGCGGCGAAAACCCGGAGUGGAAGUGUAAGAGUCGACUUGUCAUCGGAGGGCACCUUGACCCAGAUCUUGGAGUGGAGGACCUCACCACAGACGCCCCUACAAUCUCGAGGCCCGGAUUUAUGUGCAUGAUGCAGUUGCUCGCAAACGGAUUGGCCUGCAGCGAGAAGUGGAGCGUUGCAGCGGGAGACAUCAGAUGUGCCUUCCUCACCGGCGGGUAUUUGAGCAGGGAUGAACCCCUAUAUCUACAUCAGCCCACAACCGGCUUCCCGGGGAUGUUGCCGGGCCAGAUCGUGCGCAUAAAGAAGAACAUAUUCGGCCUUGCUACCUCCCCACACGAAUGGUGGCAAGAUUUACAAGGCGGGAUGAAGUUUGCGGAGCUCCACAUCGAGGGCGCCACCUACAAGUUCGACCAGUGCCCUUUGGACCCUUGUGUUUUCAUGCUGAGACGUUGGCAAGAAGGGAAGUUCUCCGGGAAACCAAUAGCGUACGUCGGCAGCCACGUGGACGAUCUUCUCGUCAUCGGGCCCAAGAAGGUGAACAAGGAGAUCCAACGCGUCCUAUCUGAAGUCUUCCCAGUAGACGAGUGGAUUGAAGAUCUUCUCACGUACCUUGGUUCGGAGAUCUGUUGCGAGGAGGACCGCGUCAAGGUGACCCAGAAGCGCUACACGGAGAACCGCCUGUUCACAGUCGACCUGCAGAAGGGGAUCCCCGACGACGCGCCUGCGGAUGCAGAAGUACUCGCAGACAACAGGAGCUUGAUCGGGGCACUGUCGUGGUUGUCAGCACAGACCAGGCCAGACUUGACGUGCAGCGUGAGUCUCGCGCAACAAACCCAAAAGGGUCCCUCUUUCGGCGACGUGAAGUUCACCAACGGCAUAGCUGGGAAAGCCAUGAAACACAAAGAGCGCGGAUUGUGCUUCAAACCCGUCCCAUACGCCAACAUGAUGAUUCUGGUCUACCACGACGCGGCAUGGGCCAACGCCUUCGAGGGAGACUACGACGAGCCGGGGUUCGAGUUGACCGAGGAGGACAAGGCAAACGGGCUGCAGCACGAAGGGCCCGCUUCGCUGGCAUCGAGGAAGGCAAAGAAAGCCAAUUCGCGAGUGGCCUCACAGCUAGGGAAUCUGGUGCUCUUCGCGGAGAAGGACUGCGUGCAGGGCAAGCCUGGCAACGUGAGCAUCGCGGACUGGAGAUCUCAAGCUGGACAACGAGUUUGCCGGAGCACUUUCGGCGCAGAGACGCAGGCCAGCGUGGAGGGCAUUGAGAACGGGCAGUACAUGAGGUCCUUUAUCGAGACUCUCGUCAACGGCACGCUCGUGAAGGUCGAACAAUGUACUCGGCACUUGCUGUGUCUGAGUGACUGCAGGUCGUUGUACGACCACAUCCACAAGGAGGGCAUCCCGCGUACCCCGAGUGACCGUCGAUUGGCCAUAGACUUGGCCGCCCUGCGGCAAACGUUGAGAGCAGAGAGGUGGGGGAGCAAGCUCCCACUAGGAUGGGUGCCGAGCGUCUACCAGCUUGGUGACAUCUUGACCAAGCCCCAAGAUGCAGACGGGUGGUGGGAGAAGAUCGACGGCAAGCUCAGCAUCAGCGUGAGAGGGGUGGUAGCCAAUGUAAAAGGAGAAGAAGAUAAGACCAGUGUGAAGCACUGA